AUGAAUAAUGAUUUAUAUUGCAAAUUAUUAGAUUUAAACAACAACACAGACAACAAUAACAACAACAGCAACGACAAUAACAACGACAACAACAAAAAAUCAUUUCAAUAUAGUAUUGAGUUUAUUGUGCCAUUGGUUUUGAGCAUAGUUGGAAUAAUAUGCUUAAUUGUAGCGUUAAUACUGAUCUGGUAUUAUAGAAGAAAACGAAAUAAACAAGACACAAAUUCACCAACUUGUAUUUCUACAAAUCAAAGAAAACAAUUGCAACUUAAUGGGAAAACAGGAUCUGAAAGAAAAUUCAAAAUUGGUGAAAUACUAAACUCGAGUAAACAAUUUCCAUCUUAUCCAGUUACUACACAAUUACCUCUUGGUUCAUCAAAUUUAACAUCUUCACAAUCAUCUUCAUUAUCACCAUCGGUUUAUCCGAUUGCUGGAAUUGUUGCUAAAUCAGUGAAUCCACGCAAUCCAACUCAGCCUCCAUUACCUUCAAUACAAAACAGAAAAACAUUCAAAAUCCUCAUCCCAACUGAAAAUACAAAUCUUGAUCAUAUCUUGAUUGACUUUUUAUUAUUCCUAACUCAAUUAUUAUAA